AUGUGCUAUCCCACAUCUGCACAAAAGUGGGGCGAAAGAUGCAAGGCACAAUCGAAGACGGCACAUCUUGUUGCUUAUACAGUAACACAGGCUUCGCAAGUUUUCAUUAUAUUGUAUGACCUCGAAGCAAUUGGCACAAAGGGUUCCAUCGACUCCAAGCUAUUCCUUCUAUACUUCGUGAGAAAUACGCUGCUGUCCUGCCUUCAAACACUGAUUCCUGCUGUUGCGGCUGAAAGAACAUUCGCUUCACGCUAUAUCAGCGAUUAUGAACGUCAAAAUCGCUUGUGGAUAUCGUAUACAAUCAUUGGGAGCGCUCUGAAGCUCGCUGUGUUGUUACAAGUACUCGUUCAACUGCUAAGCAUUGGCAAACACACUAUGGUUCCUCUUGCUGCGCUCUCAUUGUCUAUAACUAUAUUCUCAUUAGCAGCCAUGAUAGUGGUGCAUAAACGUGAUGCCGCUAAGCUUCGCGAUCUUGAAAGCAUGACCGGAUAUUCAAAACUCAAUAACACAUUGAGCAUGAAGUUUCAAUUGGCCGAAAACGUUCGUGUUACAAAGUGGCUGACUUACUCGUCGAUUGCUUAUGCUGUUUGGGCAUUUAUUGGAGCUUUUUUCGCCUUUCCACCAGUUUUGGUCUUCAAUGAAAGCGAUCUUGUCGGGCAACUUCUUUGGGAGGUUUUGAACAUUUACUUUGCGAUGUAA